CAGACAACUCUUUGAACACAUGUGCAAGUCGCAUUUCACUACCAAGUUGUAUUUUACCUAGACGACAGUGACCGGUGACUCUUACGUUAGCUUUCUAUCGUCGGCUCUAUUUCUGUUACAUGAAGAUCUUACUUGUUACUUGACGUUUGGGAACCAACGGCUUCUUCAUUCAGGCGGCAGCUCCCGCCAAUUGGUGCCACGGCAACAGUACAGGAUGGCUGGCGCAUCAUCAGGAUCAUGUCGAUAUUAUUCAAGCAGGUGUUCCCUGCCAUCAGCUUGGGAGGCUCGUGCCAGCUUGCGCAGUGACCAGCUGGCGAUGAGCUUUCUCAAGGUGGAGGGCCCCCGUGUGCGCUACGUGGGUCCGGGUGAGGACGACUCGCACGCUGCUGCCAUCCGCGCCAACCUGCCGGUGCCCGCGGACUGCUCGCUGUACUACUUUGAAGUGCGGGUGCUGGACAGGGGGCAGGAUGGCUUCAUCGGAGUGGGGUUCUGCACCAGUGACGUACGGCUGGCUCGGCUGCCGGGCUGGGAGGGGCACUCGUACGGAUACCAUGGGGACGACGGGCACGCAUUUGCGGGCCAGGGUGUGGGGCGGCCGUACGGUCCCCCGUACGGCACCGGUGACGUCAUCGGAGCGCUGUACGACAAAGUGGAACGUACAAUUUCGUACUUCAAGAACGGCCGGCCGUUGGGAGUUGCGUUCCGUGAGGUGCAGGAGGCGACCCCGCUGUACCCCUGCGUGGGCAUGCGGACUCGGGGUGAGGCGCUGGCUGCCAAUUUCGGCACGGGCGCGGAGCCCUUCCGGACGGACUUGCAUGCACUGCAGGCCGACCAACAAGCGCGGGUGCUCGCAAGCGUACGGAAAACCCAGCUACCUCUCCUCUCCAGCCGCGGUACGGCACUCCUGCCUCAACUCAUGUACGACUACCUGAUUCACCAGCGGUACGGAAGUACGGCGGCCCUGCUGGCUCGAGAUCUGCUUCGACCCUCCUCCUCCACGUCAUCUUCAUGCCGUGACCCUUCAUCUUCUCCCUUGUCACCGUCACCUUCUUCCUCCCACUCGCCAUCCACAAUGGCCCCCGGCAAGCCCAAGCAGCCGUUACAGCAACUGUCUCAACAGCAGCAACAUGAGUCGUACAAUAAUGACCGGUACGACGAUGAGCAGCAGGUUUUGGCGGAUAUUGCCGUACGGCAGCAGGUGUACGAUCUAGUGGUCGGGGGUCGGAUAGACGAGGCGCUGGGGGUGCUGCGGGAGAAAUACCCACCAGAGCUGCUCCUGGAGCGCCCCUCCGUGGACUUCCGACUACGGCUGCAGAAGUUUGUUGAAAUGGUGGCGGCAGCGAACAGCGGCAGCAGCGGCAACAGAGCUAGUGGUACGGCAGCUGGGGCCUCGGCACCGGCGGAGGUGGGGAAGGCAGGCGCCUCCAGCGGUAGCGGUAGCGGGGGAGCUCAGUGCGGCAAAGCAGGCGAGAGCGAGGUGGGCGGCAGCACAACCAGCAAGGCAGGAGGGGAGCCGGUAGCAGCAAGGGAGGCGGGGUUGGCAGCCUCGCCACCCGGUGGGGGGGACAUGAUGCAUGUAGACGACCCGGAGGAAGAGGAAGGGUCGGAAGGGAUGCUGAAAGGAGAGGAAACGGCGUCAGAGUCGACCGCAGCACCGGCAGCAGUAGCAGCACCGGCGGCGGCGCCUCCACCACCUCCACCGCCUCCCCCCAGCACUCGGGAGAUCCUGGAGUACGGCAGCUGCGAGGUGAUGAUGAGAUGUCGUACGGAGGCGGACCGGGAGUUGCUCACGGACGCCUUGUCGCUGCUCGCCUUCCACCACCCCGCCUCCUCGCCAGCCGGCUACCUGCUGAGACCGGGGCAUCGGACCUCCCUCGCGGAGGAGCUCAACGGCGCCAUGCUGAGCUGCCGGGGCCGCCCCGCCACCGCCCCCCUCACCCAGCUCUAUCGGCAGCUGGGGGCGCUACUAGGGGAACUGAAGGGAAGGGAUGAGCCGCAGGUGUUGGCGCUUCCCGACUUGCGCUCCCUCCUCCUGGAACCUCCUGCACCGCCCCAGCACCAUCAGCAGCAGCCCCCUGCAAGCACUGGUGAGGGCGGUGGCGGCAGGUCGGGGUGGGAGGAGCAGCAGCCCCAACCCGAGCAGCAGCAGCAGCAGCAACCGCCGCCGGCAGCUAUUGCCAUUUCAUCACUCGCUAGCCUAGCAGCAGCACUAGGGAGGACUGGCGUG